CUUGCCACCACUGCUGAGAGCAGUUGUUCUCAAACGGGUAAUCCAUGCCAUUCACACAAAAUAUAAACAAUUCAUGGUGAAUACCAAAAACGAGCCGUGCGAAAAUAAAAUUGGUUGGAAAUUUUCGUUUUAUUUUGUGUAAAAAGCAACAAAUUGGCUGCUGCAACAAACGGUACACGUACCAAGUGUUUUUAGCAUUAACCCAUAUUGAACAAUAGUGAAAUGAAUGUUCCUCCUAGCGCUGGCAAUGGCGGUGCACCAAUGGCCGGCAUGGGAUACACGCCGAACAUGGUGCCAGUGCCUCCAUUUAAUUUGCCGCCGCCGGGAUUUGGAGGACCACCGCGACCUGAGCUAGCAGCGGCCUUUGGUGCUCUUGCGCCAAACAGUGAGUGGACGGAGCAUAAAGCACCGGAUGGACGGCCGUAUUUCUAUAAUCAGAACACGAAGCAAAGCUCGUGGGAGAAGCCGGAGUCACUGAUGACGCCCGCCGAACUGCUGCACAAUCAGUGUCCCUGGAAGGAGUACCGCUCGGAUACAAACAAAGUGUAUUAUCAUAAUGUGGUCACAAAAGAAACAUGCUGGGAGCCGCCACCAGAGUACGUGGACAUGAAAGCCAAGGCAAAGGCCGAAGAGGCUGCUGCAGCGGCCAAGGCUGUUGCUGCUAUGACAUCUUCCAGUAUGGCGGGCAUGGUGCCCCAUGUGGCAUUGGCCAACAUAUUGCCAGCCGCGUUGCCUGCAGCGCCCCGUAUACCCACGCCCGAGAUACACUCUCCGCUUACGUCAAGCAGUAAUGAGAACAGCUCCUCUGCUAUGGAUCAGGCCAUGGCUGCCACACUGGCUUCCAUUGAAAUACCACAACAGAACUCCAAAAAGGAUGAAAAAUCUAGGGGCGAUAGCAAGAUGGUGUUUAAAGAUAAACGCGAGGCUAUUGAAGCGUUCAAGGAACUGCUGCGAGAUCGUAAUGUACCAUCGAAUUCAAACUGGGAUCAGUGUGUCAAACUUAUCUCGAAGGAUCCGCGCUAUAACGCUUUUAAAAACCUAAACGAACGCAAACAGACUUUUAAUGCAUAUAAAACACAAAAGCUAAAAGAUGAGCGCGAGGAAUCGCGACUGCGUGCUAAGAAGGCCAAAGAGGAUCUGGAACAGUUUCUUAUGUCCAGCGAUAAGAUGAACUCGCAGCUAAAAUAUUUUCGUUGUGAGGAGGUAUUUGCCAGCAAUCGUAUUUGGACAGUCGUGCCGGAGCAGGACCGACGUGACAUCUAUGAGGAUUGCAUAUUCAAUCUGGCUAAGCGCGAGAGAGAGGAGGCGCGUGUGCUAAAAAAACGUAAUAUGAAAGUGCUUGGCGAGCUGCUGGAGUCAAUGACAUCCAUAACAUACGCAUCCACCUGGUCAGAGGCGCAGGUAAUGCUGCUAGAUAAUGCAGAGUUCAAAAAUGAUGUUACCCUGUUGGGAAUGGACAAGGAGGAUGCGUUGAUUGUAUUUGAGGAGCACAUUCGGACACUGGAGAAGGAGGAAGAAGAGGAACGGGAGCGUGAGAAGAAGCGCAUGAAACGUCAGCAACGUAAAAAUCGUGACGCUUUUCUGGCAUUACUCGACACGCUGCAUGAGGAAGGCAAGCUUACCUCAAUGUCCUUAUGGGUGGAACUAUACCCGAUCAUAUCAGCGGAUAUACGUUUUUCCGCCAUGCUGGGUCAGAAUGGCUCCACGCCGCUGGACCUAUUCAAGUUCUACGUUGAGAAUCUAAAAGCGCGCUUCCAUGACGAGAAAAAGACCAUACGGGAGAUACUCAAGGAGAAGCAGUUUGUAGUGCAGGCCAAGACCACAUUCGAGGACUUUGCCACAGUGGUGUGCGAAGACAAACGUUCAGCCAGCCUAGAUGCUGGCAAUGUCAAGCUCACGUACAACGCGCUGCUCGAAAAGGCGGAGGCCAUUGAAAAAGAGCGCAUGAAGGAGGAAGUACGUCGAUUGCGCAAGCUGGAGAACGAAAUAAAAAACGAAUGGCUGGAGUCCAACAUCUCUGUGAGCGAGCCCUAUGAGUGUGCCAAGAAGGUGGUGCACCAUCUGGAGGCGUUCUUAGUUUAUGAAAAGGAAAUCGGUGUGGAAAAGAUCUGGGAAGACUUUGUUAAGGAGAGCGAAGAUGCCUGCAGUCAUCAUCACUCACGUUCACGAAAAUCCAAAAAGAAUAAAAAGCAUAAAAAACGUGUGCGCUCCACAUCCCGCUCCGACAUUGAGAAUGAAUUGAUCGAGUUGGAGAAAUUAAAAAAACGACAUUCUAGGUCACGCUCAAAUUCGUUUAGCUCCAUUGGCAGCAUAGAGAGCGAGAAGAUGCUGAAGAAAAAGAAAAAACGCAAGAAUAAAUUACGAGCGUCUUCGUGCGAAUCUGACAUCGGAAUUCAAUCUCCAGAUGCUGCUCCCGCUCUGCAACUGAACGACUCCAAUUCGUACUCACCUGUUAAAAAGAAAAAGAAGGAAAAACGCGCUAAGAGAGACAAAGAGAGCAAACGACAUCGACAUAUUCGCUCCAUAUCACCGCAUAGUCCAGCCGCCCAAUCCGACUCAGCCACUUCCAGAAACGAUGAGUUAACGCUCAGCGACGGUGAACUGGAGAUCAAGCGUGCGGCGCUGCUGGCCCAAUUAAACGAACAGCUCGAUGAAUAAGCGAGCUAGCUACACCGACUUCAACAACAACAAAAGCUAAAUUUUAAUUUUAGUUUUAGUUAUAUGUUUUAUAUACGGAUAAGCUCAAUGUAGUUCCAUACAGUCUCGGCAUUUCUUUCGAAGCACUUGUCUCUUGGCACAACACAAGGUGAGGCAUAUUUGUAAAAAAAAUAUAGCAUAUAUAUUUAUUUAUAAUAUGAGCUCAAUGCUAAUAUUGUAUAAAUACACUUUUGUGACUCCAAAAACUAUUCAUCUGCAUUGAAGGCAAUAAAAGUUGUCAAGUUG